ACGAGAUACCGCCAUCAAAUAACAUGCAGGGAACUAGUCAGUACAUAUGGGUUCCACGGGGGUACUUUAAUGGGCGGAAAUCAUAAACGCCAAGCCUUACUACAUAAAUCAGUCUUCUUUUGCGAGAGAGUCUUCAUAUGCGCAUUACACUAUUUUCUUCAUAGUGUUGCGCUGGGGUAGUUUGAAUCGGAUUAUCCUCAUGAAAAAAACCCCCAUUCUCUCUUCUAUUUUCUGGCGUGAGCUUUCGCCAUAAUCCGGGCCGGCAGGCAAGCACAAAUUUGGAAAUGCCCAGUGACGGCGAAACUGAUCGGGAUCUUGUCCCCGCCACUUUUGGAUGCAUGAGCCCAUAACAACUUACCUUUUCUUCAACUCACCUUACCUUUUCACACCUUUCUCUCAACUUAUUUGUUUGAAUCAUGGUUUUCUUGACUCAAGUCGUUAGCGAUGCUCGUAUUAACGAGACCAAAGAACAGCAAGAGGAAGCUGGCAUGUUGCACGAAGAAUUCUCUACCUCUGUCUAUGGAACCCGCUGGGCUGGACAAGAUAUCCCUCGCUUCGAUAUGCCGGAUAACGAGAUGCCACCUGAUGUCGCAUACAGACUGAUCAACGAUGAACUUGCCCUGGAUGGCAGACCCUCACUUAACUUGGCCAGUUUCGUCACCACGUUUAUGGAGCCUGAAGCUGAAAGACUUAUCAGCGAGAAUGCCUCCAAGAACUUUAUCGAUUACGAAGAAUACCCUCAAACUUGUGAGAUCCAGAACCGCUGCAUCAACAUGAUUGCCCGUAUGUUCCAUGCCCCUAUGGACAGUUCUGAGGAAGAGUGCAUGGGAUGCUCUACUAUUGGAUCAUCUGAGGCCAUCAUUUUGGCUGUCUUGGCUAUGAAACGCCGCUGGCAAAUUGCUCGCGAUGAAAAGGGGUUGUCCAAGGAAAAGCCCAACUUGGUUAUGGGAGCCAACGUCCAAGUUUGCUGGGAGAAAGCCGUCAAGUACCUCGAAAUUGAACCCAGAUAUGUGUCCUGCACUGAAGACUAUUUGAUUAUGAGUCCAGAGAAGGCUAUAGAGCUCAUGGAUGAGAACACUAUCGGUUGUUGUGCCAUUCUUGGUUCUACCUACACUGGUCAUUAUGAAGAUGUCAAGACGUUGAACGAGCUUUUGGAGAAGAAGUGUGCUGAAACUGGAUGGGAUAUUUGCAUCCACGUUGAUGCUGCCAGUGGUGGUUUUGUAGCCCCAUUUGUGUGUCCCGAACUUGUAUGGGAUUUCCGUCUUCCACGAGUCAUUUCCAUCAACGUCUCUGGUCACAAAUACGGUUUGACGUAUGCUGGUGUAGGAUGGUGCAUUUGGCGUAGCAAGGAAUAUCUUCCUAAGGACCUGAUUUUCAAUAUCAACUACUUGGGAGCUGACCAAGCAUCACUCACCCUUAACUUCUCCAAGAGUGCGUCCACUGUCAUUGGCCAAUACUAUGUUUUGAUUCGCCUCGGCAAGUCUGGUUUUAGAUCUAUCAUGACUAACCUUAUUCGUAUUUCCGACCACUUGGCUGCCUGUCUCGAAAAAGCUGGAUUCCAGAUUUUGAGCGAGCGUAAUGGUAGAGGAUUGCCACUUGUCGCUUUUAGAAUUAAGACCAAGAAGCAUUAUGAUGAGUUUGAUGUGGCUGCUCGUCUCCGUGAACGCGGUUGGAUUGUGCCUGCUUACACUGCCCCUCCCAAUGCCGAGCAAAUCAAGAUGUUGCGUGUGGUGGUGAGAGAAGACUUCAGCAAGAGUCGAUGUGACCUUCUCAUCCGAGACAUCCUGGCUGUUGUGAAGCAGUUAGACGCCCAAGACGCCAAAACCAUUCAAGAAAACCGCAAUAACCAUCCAAGUGCCAAACAACGCUGGGCUCUGUUGCGCAACAUUGGAUCCGUUGCAUUCCACCACCCCCAGCUUGAGGGCAAAGAGCGUGUUCCCAAUAAGACCAACGGCGUUUGCUAAGCGGUCUACCGAUGUUUUGUUAUGCUAUGCUAUGCCGAUAUGUUAUGCUAGGAGACCGACCGACAAAAUAAUAAUAAAAAAGAUUUUUUUGUUUAUUGAACACGGA